GACUCACUCUCAUCACAACAUCACAAAAUGCAUCAUCUAAUUCUGGUCAUUGGGAUUGUGCUGCUUCCAAAAGGCAAGUUUGGUUCUGAUAUCCUGCUUUUUAACAGUUUCAUCUGUUGGAACAGAGGUUUAGAUUGUUUUCUCAUGGUUACUAAACAAAUAAGACAAAUUUGUUUGAGUUUGAGUGUGUUUUUCUUGGAGAAGAAGAGUUCAUUUUUUAAUGUAAGAUGUGAAAUUUUGAAGCCUACACUCUAAGGUGCUAUGACUGUGGGGUGGAGGUCGCAGAAGCCUGCACAGACAAGAUAAUAGAGUGUCCUGAACAGGGUCAACAGUGUGGUGUACUAGGAAUCUUGUCUUAUGCAGGUAUGAAGCCACGGUAUUUCACAUUGUUUUUGGAACUUACUAUACUAUAGUAGUCAAAUUCACAAAGGCCUCUUCUUUUCCAGGAAGCAUAAAAAUAGUUGAGAUCAACAUGAAAUCAUGCUUUUUCGGUGAGCAGUGUAUGGAAGGUUCUGCCAACUUUGGAACAGCUAGGAUUCGAGUUUCCAGCAGAUGUUGUUCUUCUGACCUCUGCAACAAGGAGCCUAUCAGCGGUAAAUGACUUCUGAUGUCUGAGAUAAAGUUCAUUGUUAUUAUUAUUAUUAUUAUUAUUAUUAUUAUUAUUAUUAUUAUUAUUAUUAUUAUUAUUAUUGUUAAUAUUAUUGUUCAGUACCUUUUUGGGCCCCAACUUCUUCCCACUGUGUGCACUUUUUAACCAUUCAAACUUUAUACUAAUGCACUCCUUCAGGACAUUACUGCUAUAACUUUUCACCUUUCUACCAUUUAUACUUUUUGCAAUAUUUCACUUUUUCUGCAAAAUUUGUACCAUUAGAAAUGAAUGGAGAAAUCUCUCCAUUCCGCCUACAGCUAUAACACCUUCUCACCCUUAUAACUUCUGCAUACUUUUACUUACAGACCUCAUUUUUGCUUUAAAAUGUUCAGCAACUUGUCUGCUACAAAUGCUGUAUUCGCUCUUUUUUACUAUCGCCUACCGUUUUUGCACAAUUUAGCUUGGAGCAACAUGAGGUUUUCUGCCCUCUUCAGCCUUUCCAAUGAGUGUGUAUUGGAAAAGCUAGAGCGGGUGACGUCAUCACUAGAGCGGGGAGAGCGUUUUGGAUUCACUGAACCAAGCGUGAUUAUUUUGCUACCACGGCCGCAAUUUUCACUCCACAGACACAAAAACAAAUCAAAAUGGAGGUUCACUUUUGCUGCUUCUCACAAAAUAGGUCUGAAGUCAUCAAAUUGUAUCGCUUGCCAAGGAGGUGAGUACAUUCCUUAGGAGUGCAGAGAUUCUGCCCAUUAACUCCCAUGUUAAAUUUCGGCCAAGAAACCCCGACAAUCACUACAGCGAAGCCGUUUUUUAACUCGCUGUUGUGGCCACAUUUUUUACACUUUGGACAUAAAAAAUACAUCAUUGUGUUCAUGAGAGGACUCCUAAGAUCGUCUUAUUUUUGGGAUAUGACUUACGGAAGUUGCGCUAGGAGGAAAAGUUCAGACGGUUUCUCACUCCUUUCGCGAUAUCAGCACGUCUCAUGGGCUGUGUGCUUUGAUCUCGCUCUCUCUCUCUCUCUCUCUCUCACACACACACACACACACACACACACACACACACACACACACACACACACACACACACACACACACACACACACGGACUAUUUCCAUAUGUGUGCAUUACUGUCUUUCUGUCAGUAGAAAAUACAUCCCCAAUAUUAACUUUGUUGUUACAGUUCUUGUCUUUAACUCUUUUAACAUACUAACUUCUUUUUCUUUUACUUCUGCUUUUCUUUACUUUCUACAUUUAUACAAUUACUUUAACUUCAGUUGUUUCAUACUUUCUACAUUCGUAUGUAGGGCAGUAACUGAAGCACGGCAAUAGAUGGUGCUGUUCUGCAUUUUCAAGUUACUAUGGUUGGAUGCUGCAGACUGCACUGUUUUACUUUUUGUACAUUUAAUGGGAACAUUGUUACACAUUAUUUUAAGGCAUUUGUUUUUCAAAUUCAAUUAUCCUUAUUAUCAGUUCUGUUCAUUCACAUAAGUCACAUAUGUUUUUCACGUAGGCUUUUAUACAGUUUAUACAUUCAUCCAACUAAUUUACCUUCACCUAUACUACAAUUCUUCCAUUCAUACAAUUUCUUCUCCUUCUCCUCCACCUUUUCAACAGUUUUUCCAUUCAUACCUUCCUCCAUUUUUUAUUGACAGUUUUGCAUUACUUUGUCGGCUUUCAGCACUCAGCAUUCCCACGCAUUUUCUGCAAGGAAAUGCAAUUUUUCUAGUUGCAUUUGAAACAAUUUGGAAUAUUGUUUCAAAGACUGUAAAGUAGUCUGAUUAAAUACUUAAAGAUCAGUGUUUUUAAAAAAAAUCUAAUUUAAUCUAAACUUCAGCCAAUGCAACAGUUGGUAUGUGAAUGUUAGAGAUUGCUGUAUCAGAAUUUGAGUCAUUGCUUUUGGAGCAGACAUGGUUAGAGAAACAAGACUGAAAUUCCCAGACAAGCGAGGAAAAUUAUGUUUCCCUCCAUCACCAUCUGCUAUUUAGAAGCCCAGGGGCAUGAUACCCCCAACUGCCACAGUGAAAAAGGACAUAAGAAAGUUUGUUUGUGUGUGUGUGUGUGUGUGUGUGUGUGUGUGUGUGUGUGUGUGUGUGUGUGUGUGUGUGUGUGUGUGAGAGCGGGAGAGUGAUAGAGAAAAAAAUCAUCUUCUGUAUUUCAAGUUAUAACUUACUUGUGAAGUCAACAAAAAAGCAUUAUUCUUUACAUUUGAAUUGAAAAGCUGUUAUUCCAACUUCUUCACCAGCUGCUCCUAGCACAUCCAAACCCAAUGGCAAGAAGUGUUUGACCUGUUUAGGAACAACAUGCUCUGUUACUGUCGACUGCGUAGGGAGCGAGGACUACUGCAUCUCAACACAAGGUGACAGACUUGACAUCAAACAUUGUUUUCUCUGAUUACAGUAAAAGUGAUUUCUGUACAAGUGUGAUAACACGCUAAUAUUGUUUUCAUCUUCUCAGUGAAAAUAGGAAAUGGAACAGCCGACAUAAAGGGUUGUGCCUCCAAGCAGAUUUGUUCAAAUUAUGAGCAGCUUGGAGGAAUCAUUGGAGAACAUACCAGCUGCUGUCAGGGAAACCUUUGCAACAGCAACAGCGGUACUGGAGCCAUCCCCCUGCUGGUGCUGCUGGCACCACUGCUUUCACCACUGCUUGCUUCUUUCUUGUUUUCAUAACGUGACAGAUAGUGGCAACACUUUUUCACUUUUCCUCACAUUUCUUUCUCCUUUCCCUUGAUAAAAGAAAACAUAAAGCUAAGUAUGCACAGUAGGGCAUUCAGUAGGGUUUUGAUUUUCAUGUUUUCUGCCUGCAGUGUAAUUUUGUUUAUUCACUUUUUGGGCACGCAAUAUAUUAUUUCUGUUUUUCAUUGAAUAAUUGACCAUGAUAAAUCUUCCUGCUGUCUUGUCAAGUAAAAGAAGUGAUAGAAGUGAAAGUUUAAAGAGCUGUCAUUUCACAACACGAGGCCAUUGACCUUUCCACAGCAACAAAAACCAGCUGUGGACUAUUCUGACCCAGGAUUUUUUAUGUUUUAUUGAUUAAAUACAUAUUCAUUUUGCUAAGUGGAAAAGGGUGUGAUUUCAGUCCUGCAGCUCUACCUCCCAGAACCCUUAUGUGUCAGCACCCUUAAAAGCAGUAUUUGGUUUCACUUUUCAACAACGGGAGGACUUGAAGGCUCACUGUCUAUCUUUGUACACAGUUUGCAUAUGCAUAGUUCAGUCAAACAAAUGAGAAUAUUUGUAUACCCACAAAUCUGCAAAAUACUGUUACACUUCCCUGCUUAGAUUACUUGUUUUAUUAUCAGUUAGAGGUCCUGCUAUUGGAUCCAGUUUAUUUGUUUAAAACCUUGGAAAGCUUGUAAUUGUAAAGCCCUUGUGUAUCGUAUUUGUAUUCUAUAUCUUUAUUUUUCUCAUGUACUUUGUUACUGUAUUAAGAAAAGAACUACACAAAUAAAGUUUGUGGCAGAAAUCUGAAAAA